AUGCUGGCCGCCGAACCGCCCUUCUCGCUCGAUGUGGGCUCGUCAGCUGCCAUCGACGAGCUGCUGACAACGUCUCACCCGGCCUCCUUUUCCGGCUUACUCGACGAGCCUCUUUCCACCCGUCUCGAAGUCUUUUGCUUUUUCCUCGCCAGCGAUCAAUCCCGCACAGAUGCUCUCCGCAACUCGCAGGUCCCUCGACCGCUUCUACCACUGUGCCUGGUCCUGCGCUACCUCGUUCUCAAGGAACAAGGCCGAUUGGGAGAGUCGAGCAAACGCUUCAACUGGUCUCUCAAACAGGUACACGCCGCCGUAGCAGCAGCAUUUCGUGCGUAUACCAUCCACGAAGCACUCAAGUCAGAUUCAGGACCCACAGAGCUUCCUGCUGGGCUCUCUUACCCGGAUGCGCUCAGCGUCGACCCCACCACGCGUGACAUCCACCUUCAGUCGAGUCUCCAGCUCACCCUUCAUUCAGCUUAUCAGCUCGCUCAGACGCUGCUCCUCUGUCCAACUCCAUUUAGCGCACCACCUAGCGCUCUCGUCCUCGGGUCACUCUUCCACACGAUCGCACAAUCGACGGAAGAGACAACACGCGACACCAUCGCGGCUAUCUCCACACCCGUAGAGAACGCAAUGCUCGAUUGGAUCCUGCACGACACAUUCGAUCAUCUAGCUAUCGACGUGGAAGCGCUGCGCAAGGCAAAACGGGAGCGUAAGAAGGAAGAGAAGAAAUUGCAAACAGCCGCCGCGGAAGCAGAAAAGAAAAAGAACGCCAAUGCCAAGCAAAACGCCAUUCGUUCUGGUUUCGGCCUUCUGCAGCUUGACGGUCAAGACGGGCAAGACGACAGCGAACAGGAAGAAUCGGAAUAG